UAUUUUGAUUUAAAAAUGUUAUUUACUUUGUACUAUUUAUUUUUUUGUACUACUGUGUCUAAUACUUACGCUUAUUCUAAACAUCUGUAUCUGCUCACAAACAAAACUAGGGACUAUUUUGAUUUACAAUGUAUUGCACCACCAAUUAAACUUGAGUUACCGAAAAAGCAUCGUCUUUCUGGACAUUCUGGGAACUUCAUGCACAUAGAUCUUUUUAAAAAGAUAGCUAAACCUUUGGCUCUAGCCGCUACGCUAACUACCACGACCGAAAUUGAUCCAGUAAUCAUUAUGCAGAAACGGCUUCAUCAAGUUCUUUACGGCAACAAAAUUCAAGAAAGAGACCUUAUUAAGCUGAUGAAGUUGAAGACAGAACCUGCAAAGAAAGGUACCAUAGCAAGGUUAGAGCGGCAUAACAGUUCGGAUGACAAUCUAGAUAUAUACCCAAAUGGACAGGUGAUGCGAGCGGAAACGUUUCAAGGCAAAGCUGCAGUCCACCUUCCUCUACAAGAACUACAACAGCCAGGCCACUGCAGACUCGCGAUCACCAGGGACAAGAUGCAGACCGCCAUGAAUGCUUUCGCCAUAUUUCUCUAUUGCAAUGUCGAGGAUGUUUUAAAGCUGCCCGCAGACUACGUCCUUAAAUCGGCUCGCUCUAUUGCGAUGAUGAAGGUAGCACGUGAGAAGCUGUCUGCGACUUGGGAGGUUGUAAAAGGUGAUCGGAAAACAGUGGAAAUACCACAAUGGACUCUGGAGAUGUACCGGCCGCUUUUUAAGUAUCUCAAUGGCCGAGAAAUGGCCAAGCUCAACCUAAGCGAUCCUAAAAUACUGACAUAUAUUGGCACUCACGCUGAGCUCAACCGACAUCAGGUGGGAAUAGUAGCAAGCGAGUAUAUAAAGCAGAAUCCUAAUUGGUUGGAACCGAAGACCCUCAACCUCAUGAACAACUUACUGUGCGGUAUGCCUAUUAACUUAAUGAGGAAGGCGUCGAGCAGUAUUUAUCUACAACUUACACGUCAGCUGUUUUAUCAUAUACAUGCUUGUGAUUCACUGCAACGUCGCUUUUACUUGCACAUGAUGACAAGGACGGAGGUAAUGGGAAAGCCGUACAGCUGGAGUGCACGUGAUGUGUCGCGGUUGGGUUUGCUGUUAGGAGAACUGGAGGGGUCAGAGUUUGCCUCCAUCAAUCCUGAGGCCGUAUUCGGUAUCACUGCUCAAGUAAUGAUGACUAUACCAGUAGAGGUUCUCCAGUUCGUGACGGAAACUCAGCUGAAGUAUUUAGACGUGAAACCGCUUAACAUUUUAGCGAGAAAGAUUAAGGCCUACCAGGACAAGCUUAAGUUAUUCGAACAAAAUGACGAUGACGACGACGAGGCUAACUCGUCAGAACGAUGCCAUUUCGAUUCUAUGUUUUUAGUUUUAUGUUUAGGGCAUUUAUUGCUAGUAUAA